UUAAUAUUCAUAUAAUUACCACAUGUACAAGACACUUGAAAACAUCAGUUGUGUGUAAGUGUCAGACAUGGUGGAAUACGUUAAAUUAAUAUUCAGUUUGCUGUUAGCAAUUUCGGCAAUAAAAUGUGAAAAUUGCGUUACUUACGAUUUCGGAUCUAAUUUUUAUGACAGUUUCAAUAAUGGCAAUACUUUGUGUGCUGGAAUGGCUACCUGGAGAUUGGGUAACUAUAGUUCCCUGGAACUGCAGAGUCCGCACCACGACACUGAUUUGUUUAUAACUCCUGAUGAGAACCUGAGUUGUGUGUCUUCGUACGGGUUCGAGAUGAAGUCGUCUGGCAUUCUGGAGGUGUAUGUUUACAUGGAGUCCACAUCGACUCGGGACCAAAUCGUGGUGCUUGCUAACGAAGUCGCGAAGAGUGGCAACAAUGUUGUCACAGGAACCUCUAUUUUGACGCCCUUGAAGAAAGAUUACUUUGAUGGAUGGCACGUACUAAGAAUAGAUUUGUUCGGGACCGGAAUAUUUAGUGGAUACGUGAGUUUCCUUGGAGUGGCGUCACCAGGUUCCAAAGUCAUAAUCGACUCAUUCCGAUACAUCCCGCCAUCAUUCGACGAAGACUGCCACGUCUACGAUGGGGACUUUGUGACCAGCAGUCCCAUAGAAACGCCAGAACAGACAGAAUCUGAACCCUGCGUUUCGUACAAUUUCGAAACAGAAUUUGACGUCCUAUUCAACAGUGACAGAGGAUUAUGUACAGGGUUCACGCAAUGGGAUUUAAACAAGUACAGUACUUUGCCCAUCGAACAACCAAGUUCAGAGAGCCUUAAGUUCAUUACGCCACAAGCUGAAAUCAGUUGUAUUUCCUCAUUCCCAUUCGAAGUAACAGCAGGCGGUAUUGUAGAAGUUAACGUAUAUAUGGAGUCAGGGUCUAACAGUGACCAAAUAGCUGUACUCGUGAGUAAAAUUGAAGACGAAGCCAACGAUGUUGUGAUUGGUAGUUCAGUGCUCACACCAUUAGAUGGAGCCUAUACCGACGGUUGGCAAUCAUUGAAAAUUCAACUAUUGGGAGUCGGCACAUUCAAAGCAUACGUAUCCUUCCUUGGAUUGGCAUCUGAAGAUUCUAUAGUCUUGGUUGAUUCCUUCAGAUAUAUUUCGCCAUCUAUUGCAAGAGAUGAAUGUAAAAUAUAUGAAGACGACAUUUUUGAGACUACGACAUCUACACCAGUGACGAUUGCUCCUAUAGGAACAGGCAAAGAAUGCGUCACAUACAAUUUCGAAAACAACUUCGAGAAUUCGUUUGAUACCAAUAAUGUAUUAUGCAAUGGAUAUGCUUCAUGGCACUUGGGAGAUUACCAUUCUCUGACUGUCGAAACUUUAAACCCUGAGAGCAACACUUUUAUUUCUCCUAACGAAACGUCUAGUUGCGUAUCUUCAUUUGUCUUCAGAAUGAUACCAGGUGGUGUAGUAAAAGUAAAUGCUUACUUGAAAUCGGCCUCAGAACUAGAUUACGUAAUUGUUUUGGCUAAAAAAGUCGUUCCUGGUGGAGUGGAUACGGUGGCUGGAUUCCAAAUGUAUUACGCCAGUAAUUCUAAUUUCGUGGAAGGAUGGAACUCCUUGGAAGUUACUGUCAAUGACUUCUCAAUCUUCGAUGGCUAUAUUACCCUGAUCGGUUCUACAGCAGAAGAGUCUCUAAUUCUAAUUGACUCGUUCAGCUACACUCCCCCUGACUCGGCAUACCCCUGUGAAAUUUAUUGAAGAUGAAGUUUCGGCUAAAGUAUUAUCUGCCGUCAUAUUGUUGAAAGUAAGGCUGACUCCACUAAGUUUAAGCUAGAAAUAUUUUAAGUAAUGGAACUGAAAUUUAUAUUGGUAAUGGAGUACCCUAACUAUUCAAACUAGGAUAAUCGAGAUGUUUAGUUGUUUUAAAUUGAUGAUCUCUUUCUAAGGCUGUCGGUUAAAAUGGGCGUCAAAAGAGCUCGUAAAUGGUGAGCUGUAACCCCGCCCAUAGUACUACGAAGAAGGAGAAAUAUAUAAUAUGUUAAUAUUUUUAAUGUACAAAUAUUGAAAUAAAAAUUUUUGGUUAAAUAAA